UAGGCAUAACUAUUGACCCUAUUUUGAAAAAGAAAUGGUUCUUACAGAUGCAGAGAUUUUAGAGAUUAAAAGUGAACUCGAACGUAUUAGGAAAACAUCAGAACUAGAUGAAGAGGAUAUGAAGGAUCUAGAAGAGAAGAUGACCGAAUACCUUGAAAAGGAAAAGGUUGUGGGUACUUUAUUCAACGCUGUGCUAAAGAUGUUAGACAGUUCUGUUGCAAAGGAACAGGCUUCCUCAUCUCCAUCAAUGCCCUCGGCCUCGGAUGACAAGGGAAAGCAGGAGUAGUAGUAGUAGUAUUCUUUCUUUCAAAGCUUUUAUGGAAUAACUAAUCUGAGAUUUUGUGUAAUAAAGAAAAGAUUUCAUUGUCUUCCGGUUUCAAAUAUGUUGAAUUCUCAUGAUAAAACAAGCAUCUUUCAUUUGUUUUUGGAUCCUCCUUAUACCUCUCUUAAUCAUUUUAAUUUUAAAAUAAAUUCUGUUUUGGAAAAUUAGCAUAUACCACGGAUAAUCACGCCUCCAAUUUUUUCAAACAAACCUUAUCUCUCUGAGUCUCACCAUCAUUCUUCAUCUUGCCUCUCUGAUGCUGAUUGACGUAAAAGUGAGAGGCUCCAUCUUCUCCCGUCAUGUCCAUCUUCCUCUUUGGUGUAAGUUUUUCUCGGUGAUGCAAUAUACCCCAUUUGGUUCCAGGGGUGGAUCCAUCACAUUAUGAAGUAUAUGGCAUUUAUAAUAAAAUAUAUUUUUGAUUAGGGACAUUUACUUAAAUUAUAGGUAAUUAUUGAAAAAAUAUAAAAUCAGUGUGUGGCACUUGCUCCACCUAAGUUCUACCUGAGUCUGUCCCUGUCUGGUUCAUGUCAACAAUUCGAUCUUUGCAGUGUUGUGUGAGUUUGUUUCGAGAAUAGAGAUCCCGAUAACGACGAGGGAUGGUGUAGCAACAGCAACAACUUCUCCUCCCUCUCUAUUUUCGGAUUCGGAAAAUUUUCCCAAAUUUAGCAAGGUUUCGCAUAUCACCGGUGAGACCUUUAAUGGAACUUUUGUCCAUCUAACUGCAAGGCUUAUUUGGUGUGGGUUUGGCUUGUGAUUCAUGUCAUAUGGGUCUCUGACUAUGUGGUGAAUGCGUGAGCUUUUAUCCCUCUAAAUUCAAGUCUCUUGGACCUUAAUUCUUGCUAUCUCACCUCCCCACAUUUUUAGAUUUUGUGUUGCUUGUUGUC